AUGGACGGAACCAACAGAGGCGAAGCAGAACGAUGGCUCUACACAGCCAACAAGCUCCUCAGCGCGCGUGACCUACACGGCGCACGCUCAUUCGCCAUCCGCGCACGUGAAUCCGACCCGCGAUUCGAAGCCACCGAGCUUCUCUUAGCGGUUAUCGACACUCUUCUAGCCGGCGAAGUUCAGAUCAAAGAACAUCUCGAUUACUACGCCAUUCUUCAAACUCUUCGUUACACUCAGAACAUUGAGUACAUCGCCGUUCAGUUCCGCCGUCUCGCCGUUCUCCUCGACCCUCACCGGAAUCCGUUCGCUUUCGCUGCUCACGCUUUUUCUCUCGUUCAUGAUGCUUGGUCCAUUUUCUCAAAUCCGCAUAAAAAGGCUUUGUAUGAUGAACAGCUUCAUUUUCUUACUCAACCACCGCCACCACAACCUAUUCAACCGCCACAGCCUCCACCGCCACCACAACCUAUUCAACCACCGCCGUUACCACAACAACAUAUUCAACCUCCUCCUCCUUCAGUUCAGGUCAAUCAGAAUCAUGACUUCCAACAAAGGAACAACCCUAACCCUGGGUCUUUCAACAAAGCUAACUUAGUUGCCGAGGAGCGAAACAGCGGGCCGAGGCCGAGUCGGAGCAAUGUCGACGAGCCGACUAGGCCUAAGCCUGCUGAGACAGCUGAGACAGAAGUUGGAAGCUUCUGGACGGCGUGUCCUUACUGUUAUGCGAUGUUUGAGUAUCCUAAUGUUUAUCAGGAGUGUACACUUCGGUGUCAGAAUUGUAGGAAGGGGUUUCAUGCGGUGGUGGUUAGGUCGCCACCGGAGUUGGGUGAAGAUGGUAGUAAGUUUUGUAGCUUUGGGUAUAUUCCGUUAGGGUUUAGUGGGGAUUUUAAGGAUAUUAGUGGGUCAUCUUCGGAGUGGAACCCUGUUUCGACUUUGUUUCCUUGUAGUAUGAAAGGUGGUUCUUCUAAGAGGGGGGUUUAUCAAAGAGAGCCUGUUGUUUAUCAUGAUCAUGAUACGUGUGCGGCUUUCGCGGAGCUUUCUGAUGAAACUGAGGAUGAUACUGAUGAUGAUGAUUGGUGGAGAGGGGAUGAUAGUAAAGGGAGGAAGAAGGUGAGGAGGAGGAGGAAAAGAAGAAGGACUGUUGGAGGUAGUGGUGGUGAAAGGGGGCCUGUUGAUACUGGGAGGCCCAAGAGAGGCGUUCAGAAAGGUAAUGCUAGCGAUGGUGGUGGUGGCGAGAACGUGGAUGAUGGUGAGGCUGUUGAUCCUGCUUCUGUGCCUACGAAGCUGAUCAACGUUGAAGCUUGUAAGAAAGCUGUGUUGGGUGGUUCGAGGAGGAGGGGUGCUGCCAAUUUGGGUAAAUUGGACCUGAAUGUGGAGUUUAGCAAUGAGGUGGAAGAAGCUGCUGCUGCCGCCGGAGUGAAAGAACGGUAUGUGAAUGGGACAGGAAAUCCUGAGGAUAAUAUUGAAGGGAUUGGGUUUUUUGAAGGGCUUGAUGAGUUCCUUAAUAGCUUACCAAUUCUAAAUGGUGUUGCAGAUGAUAAGGUUAAGGGUCAUUAG